AUGUCGACACAGCUAACGCAGGCUCACAAGGACCAGCUGUCUAAAUGGAUAAAGCCUUCAAAAAGGCACAAGUUUACUUUACUCUACAAGAUCAGUCGUGACGGAUGUAACGCCGAAACUUUCCAUAGUCACUGUGACAACAAGGGACCAACCGUCACCGUCCUGUACAAUACUGACAACUCUGUGUACGGGGGUUACACCUCUGUAAGCUGGACGUCCAGUGAUGGCUAUAUCAAUGAUGCGAAGGCAUUUCUAUUCCAAUUGGAGUAUAGUGGAACAGCCAAACCACAGAAGUUUCCUAACAAAACAAACGGCACAGACGCGAUCUAUGGAUACGCCAAUUAUGGACCAAUAUUUGGGCGUGGUAAUGACUUGUAUUGCUUCAAGAAAAACGUAAAUAGAUCUGGUAAUCAUUUUGCAUUGAACGGCUACGCCUCUGUUGGCAAAACGUACGACAUGCAGGGUCAAGACUACAAAAGUGUGAUGAACGGCCAUCUGAAAGUCAUAGAUCUGGAGGUUUACAGCGUGGAAGAGUACGUCCUGCUUAGCCAGCCCUGGGUACGGGAUAUUGAUUGGAGUGCUACGUUUGAAGAAACAAUCAAGAACAAAGUGGCAAAUUAUAAGCCACUAUCCGGAUUGGACCUCAAGCAGGCGAGGAUUCUAUUGGUCGGACAGGUCGGGGCUGGAAAGUCGAGUUACUUCAACACCAUCAACUCCAUCUUCCGGGGACAUAUCAGCGGUCAGGCCAACGUCGGAAGUGCUGAGCACAGUCUUACAACAUCCUACCGGAUGUAUGAAAUACAUGACGGAUAUGCCAGUCAAACCUUAAACUUCCGGUUUUGCGACACACGUGGUCUAAAAGAAGAUCAAGGUCUGAAUGAUCAGGAUGCUGGAUAUAUACUUGAUGGUCACGUGCCUGACAGAUACAAUUUUAACCCGGCUAUACCGUUCACCUCUGAUGCUCAAGGAUUCGUGAAAAAACCUACUUUCUCAGACAAAAUCCACUGUGUGGCGUUUGUUAUAGACGCUAGUACUGUCGACGUCAUCCCCGAGGAAGUCUUGGAACGUAUCAGAGCAAUGCAAGUAGGAAUGAAUUAUAGAGGGGUACCUCAAAUGAUACUCUUGACAAAAAUCGACAAAAUCUGUGAGGAAAUAUCCCAUGACGUCAGCAAAGUAUUCUUCAGUUCCGCGGUAAAAGAGUGUGUGGACAAAGUUGCCGUUUUGAUGGGACUGCCAAGAUCCCAUGUACUUCCGGUAAAGAAUUAUGAAUGUGAGGCUGAACUUGACCAGAACGUCAACAUAUUGUCACUUCGCAGCCUCGGUCGAAUCUUGAAUUUUGUUGACGACUUGUUGUUCAACAAACUUGACGAGAUCGCAGCAGGCAAAAUUGAUGCUUUGAAUACGAAUGAAUAGAUAGGGCCAAUGUAAGAAAAGGAAAUCAGUUACACAUGUUCAUGUAUUGUGGAGUUUCCGUGCGAAUCUAAUUGAUUUAAAGAAUUUGAAUUAAGACAUUAAUAUACAGAAUGGUUGGCCGGAAACGGCCUGUUGCCCAAUUCUUUUUUCUACACUUUAUCAUAUUAUAAUGCACGUAUUGAUAUUGAUAACAAUAUACCGUGUGCAGUUUAUUUUGAAAUGAAAACCAACAAAGAUAAAAGUUUCGAUGAAUUUGAUGAAAAUACCUGGCCAUGUGAUCAUCGCGGAUGUCUACUUCCGGACAAAAUGGCCGCUUAAUACAGGACGAUACAACGAUGAGGGCAGAUGUUAGUGGCCGUUGGCCGCGUAAGACAGGUGUCCGCUUAUUUAAGGUUCAUUAUAUAGUGUUUUCCAUAGGGCGGAUCACAGACUGGCCGGUUAACGGAGAAAUUUUGUUCAUUUGAUGUUAAUGUGAAAAAUGCAGGAUUUGAAGAUCUUACGUAAGCAUUUGAAAAUAAGUUCCUGUUGGAUUGUAUUCACUUAUUUAAGACAAAGUUAUCAAGGCGUGUUCCAGAGUAUUACUUAUUUAAAACAAAAUAAUAAUUAGAUAUAAUAUUCGUAUCUGAUGAAUACUGUAUUGGAGUUAAUUUGAUGUUUGUACGGUUCCUAUAACUUUUUGUCAUAUUAAUGAUUUUGAUGUCCAAUAUAUUCUAAACAGUUCUGAUAUUGAAGUAUCAUUUUUUUGAAGUACUGAUUAUGGCUAAUUAUGAAAGCGUAUCCCCUCCAAAAACAUCAAUAUUUAUUUUUUGCUUGAUUUCAGUCUUAAUGUGCAAAAUCAUUGUAAUAUUGAUCUCAUUAUUGAACAUUAAAAUUCUGCUGAAAGUGUA